AUGAGCACACGUCGUGAUAAAAACAAGAGGGAAGUGCUGCUUCCUGCAGACGGUCGGCUGCUGUCAGUCUGUACUCUUAGGGACCGAAAGGGGGUGCGGAUAGUCCCUCUGGACAGCUAUGUAACUGUGGAGGUGUCGGAGAGCAGUGAAUUGUCUCAUGCCUCACGCAUGAACAAAGCGGUGGUGGUGUUUCUGAAGAACGAGCCUAAAGUCCAUCAGCUAAUUGAGUCUGGGGAGGUUGUCAGGGACUUGUUGGUGCAGGUUUCCCCGCUGUCAGUGCGAUCCACGCGGAUCACUGUAUCCGGUGUUCCGUCGUUCAUCCCGAACGUCCUGCUGGAGAACGAGCUCCGUAGGUUUGGCAAACUGGCAAGUGGCUGCUGA